UCCUGAAGAUUCCCACACCCCACUGUGGGAACCCCACCCACUCGUUUAGUUGUUCUUCUUUCUUUAACUGAUUGUAUUCUUAACUUUUGCCAUGCGGAGCUGAUGUAUCUGAGCGACUGGAGGUAACGUGCAUCACCUCUCCCAUCUGCUGGCUUCUCCAACCGCGCAUGCGCCGUAAGGCUCUCCAUCAUUUCCAAUAUCCCAGUGUAGGAGAACCAGCAGAGGCAGAGAACUAAUGGGAACCAUGGGAAUACCACUACCCAACUGUGUUUGGGAACCAAUAUGUUGAACACACUCGACUUGUCUGACUGAGGGAGACUGUCCUGGGCGGUAAAAGAUAAAUCACGAUAGACUUUCCCCUGCACGCACAGCCUCACGCCGACUCCUGACUCAACUUUUUCAGCCAGCAUCUUCUCGAGUCAGAUGGCUCCGAGCGACAAGAUGCAGUAAUGGAAGUCCACGCAGCAUUCAGCACCGUAGCCAUGAAGCAGCUGAAAGGGUAGGGUCUGCUGUGAGCUCGCCUCACCCUACCCGACCACCCGCCCACCGCCCCAUCAGCUCCACCCGAGAGCAGAGUCCCACGUUCAAGCAUAACCCUGCAGCUCUACCCGUCACCGCAACCCUCCCACCACCUCCUCCACCACGGCUUUGGAAGACGAACAUGACGUGCAUCGCGAAGACACUGGUUGAUGUAUGAUAAAUAUACCUCUGAGGUGUCGAGCGUAAAACCCGUGGAGCAAUGAAUGGCGGAAAGGACUGUGAGGCGGGAGAUGAGAGGCAGGCCGUCCCUGUCCAGGUCCCCAUCGGCUGGCAGCGCAAGGCGGAGCACGGCGGUGGGGUCGUAUACAUAAGUCCCAGUGGCUCGUUGCUGUCCAGCUUGGAGCAGGUGAAGACCUACCUGCUGACAGAUGGAACCUGCAAAUGUGGUCUGGAGUGCCCGCUCAUCCUCCACAAGGUGUUCAACUUCGACCCAGGGGCAGCUGUCAAGCAGAGGACGGCGGAGGAUGUGAAAGCAGAUGAGGACGUCACCAAACUCUGCAUUCACAAGAGGAAGCUUCUGGCUGUGGCCACACUGCACAAGAGCAUGGAAACGCACCCACCUCUGACGCUGACCAGUCCAGGCGGAGGUACAUCAUCUGUGGUCACCGCUCAUUCCACUACUCAACGAGCAAUAAGGACUAAACCCCAUGACGGCCUGCCCAACGCUGUUGGCCCGGACUGCAAGAAUCCUUUCAAGAUGAUGAUGGCAGCUGGACAGCAGCAGCAGCAGAGGCUGUAUCCACCCCAGGAGAUGGGUGGAGCCCAGCAGCCAGAGCUGUACUCUGGCUACCCCAGGCCGCAGAGGCUGGGCAGUGGGGAUCCGGGCCCCAAAUCCCCUUACCGGGUUGGUUAUGGAGGCAUGCUGAGCCCACCUCCCUCCAGUGCUAAGCUGUAUGGAGAUGGCUCACAGUCUCCCAGUACAGACACUCUGGGCAGCCCUGAGGGCUUUCCAAGGACCAAUCCUUGUGGGUUUCCAGGAUCGGGCAGUCCUGGUUCAGCCUCCCUCCAUGGCAACACUAGGACACCCCUUUCCCCACCCAAUGUAAUGCUCCAUGGCUCCCCUGUGGGCCAGCCAUCCUGCGCCAUGACAGGGAGGACUAGCACGCCCCUUUCUCCGACGGCCACUGCCAAAAGCCCUGUCAUGAACAUGAACGUACCCCGGGGGAACUUUCCCCCUGGUAUGGAUAUGCCCCGUGCAUCGUUUCACCAUAAAACACAGCCCCCUGUGCAUCCCGUACCACCUCCUCCAUCCAUACCACCAUCUUGUGCUCUUCAGAAAAGGCAGUUAACCUCUGAAAAAGACCCCUUAGGCAUCCUGGACCCCAUCCCUAACAAGCCAGUCAGCCAGCCCCCCACCAACGCCCCAAACCCCUCCAACUUCCAGCCUAACAUCCACUCUCAGGUACCAAUGAUGAAUGUAAACAUACCCCCUCCCGCCAUCGUUCCCUUGCCAAGCAACUUACCUUUACCAACGGUGAAGCCUGGGCCUGUUGGGCAUGGCGGCCAUGUUCAAAGGACUCAACAGGGUGGUCCAGCUUCCUCCAUGUCCCCCUCCCCUGUCACUUCCCCUGUCCACAUGGCCGGGCCUGCCCUUGGGAGAAUGGAAGCCUCCCCUCAUCGCUCACGCUCCUCCUCCACCUCCUCUGACCAUGGGAAUUUUGCGGUGCCCUCGGGCCACCAGGCCCCUUGUGGCACCAUGAAGGUCCCUCCUCGUUCCCCCAGGUCGGCAAUGGGAUCUCCCAAGCCAGCAAUGCCCUCCAGCCCCUCCACCAACAAAACUGACCCACUCCACCAGUACAAAGACUCCCAGCUGCUGCCCGGGAUGGGAAAUUCAGUUGCAGCCCAGCAGCACAGCAAUCCCAUGUAUUCACCCACUUCUUCUUCCUCCUCCUCCUCUCUGGCAACCCCCAGCGCUUCCCAGAAGGGCCACCCAGGACUCCUGGGGAUGCCCCUCAAUCAGAUCCUCAACCAACAGAAUGCCGCUUCCUUCCCUGCCAGCAGUCUCUUGUCAGCUGCAGCCAAAGCACAGCUAGCAAAUCAAAACAAACUCAGCGCUGCUGGCCACAGCACUGCUGGCAUGACUGGUGGUGGUGUCGGUAUGGCAGGCAUGGGGGCAGGUGCAGGAGGUAAUGGAGGUGGUGGUGGGCAACCUGGCUCUAUGAGUGGCCCUCGAGGCAUGGAAGGACACAGCACUUUAAACCCAAUGCUCCCGCCAAACUCCACCAUGCUGCUCAGCACGUCUGAGGUCCAGAGCGGUCGGGCAGCUCUUAGAGACAAGCUCAUGGCCCAGCAGAGGGACCCCAUGCGCAAACGGAGGCAGUCAUCAGGCAGCGCUGCUGUAAGCCACGACAGCAGUAACAACAUGGUCUACAACAUGUUAAACAAACGAGGCAUGGGAGGACCCCACAUGUCAGGGCCCAGUGCCACUGAGCAGUUGCGAAAAGUGGGCCGUCUUGGAAACCUUCCCCUAAACACCUCCAUGGCCCAGCUUCUCCAGUCCAUGAGCUCCCAGAGCUCCCACAACCUGGCUGGUAACAGCCAUCGUCCAGGUCUCAACCCCGGCCCAGGGCCUGGCCCUCAAGGAGCUGCUCAGCUGCACUACAACGACAGCACAGGUAUGGUCCCCGGUGGCCCUCAGCAGAAUCUCCUAGCUCAGCAGAGGCUGCGGGGGCCAGGAGAUGCCAUGCAGCACUGCCAGAACAUGGACGCCUCUGGGGGCCAUUUGGGCUCUCGUGCAGGCCAGUUUCCUGACAUGAUGACCCAAAUGCAGGCCUCCUCCAUGAGUAACUGUGGGCCUAUGGGACCUGGAGGUGGACCGGUGGGUCCCGAUGGAAUGCCGCUGGGACGCCCCAACGCUAACCCCCCACCGCUGUCCCAUCCCACCCCUCAUCCCACCCCUCAUCCCUCACAGCAGAACCUCCUCCACGGUAUGGGGCGGACUAACAUGGUGGUGAUGCCACACGGAGGUGGUGAUGGAAGCUGUGCACAGACCGUCUCUGAUACAGGAAACACUUCAUCCCUCGGCUGUGGGAUGGGCGGCCUGCAGCCUCACGCCGGCGGAGGGCCGAUGUACCAGCAGCAGGUCCACCAGGGCAUGCAGCAGGGGGUGACCUCCCACCCAGCCUACCAGGGACAGCAGCACUUCUCUGAUAACUCACCCUACGCAGACAGCAACAACACCAACGCUGGCUCCAUGGCCUGCCUCUACCAGAACUACCAGCAGGGGAUGUUGUCACACCCACAGUUUGGUGAGGGGCAACAGCCCCAGGGCGAGGGGCUUCCAGCGGGCUCUGACAGGGGCCCCGGUGGAGGCCCAGAGUCGGUGGAUGCCAUCUACAGAGCCGUGGUAGACGCCGCCAGCAAGGGCAUGCAUGUUACCAUCACAACCACAGUGAGCGGGACUACACAGGCGAGUCCGGUGCCCGCGCUCAGCGCCAUGAGUGCCUUCACUGCCUCUAUAGGGGAGCCCGUCAGCCUCCCGAAAGUGGUUAACACGGUCCUGCACGGGCACCAGGAGGGGGAGGCGUUACCACAGCAAGCCAGGCCGAGGCAGGUGAGGCCGGGACGGGGACAGAAAAGCAUGGAUCCUGGGAAGAGCACUCCGGACAGUCACGAGGCCAACGACUACUUCCGUUCUCCCGGCCGUGGGACUCCGCGGGGUCAAUGGGACGGGGAGACGCAGCACGGAGGAGGUUUUGAUACUCACAGCAACAACAGCGCCUGGGGUGGUGAGGAGUUUCUGGAGUGCUCUACUCAAGUGAGGAGUAGUCCCUGCAUGGAGCGACCCGCCAGCCUGGCCCCCGCCCCACCCUGCCCCACCGAGGGGUCCAAUGACCACAGCCUGGCCAUGGCCAACGAUAAGGCCUUUCUCGACGAUGGCUAUCGCUUCAACAACUGCAGCCGGACGCCUGUUAACUACAAGGAGCGUCUGGAGCAAACCGUGGAGCGCUGCACCCACAUCAACGGCGCUACUCCCCACUUUAACGCCCGGGGUUAUGGAGAAGUCCUGGGUCCCCCGCGGCAGGAGCUGACAGGGGACGACCAGUCGCCCAGCUCUUCCACUAGCCUGGAGGGACCACUGGCCACAGCCAAAGACUACAGUCACUACAAUGGCCACUUCAACGGUAUGGCGCCCAGCCCCUCGGACACAAAGAGCCUGAGCAGCGAGGAGGACCUGCGGCAGCCGGACUCGCCCUCCUCAGAGCUGCUUCACUACCGGUCCAGGACCUUCAACAUGGGAGAGCUGGUCUGGGGCCAGCUGAAGGGCUUUCCACCCUGGCCUGCCAAGUUGGCCGGGGACGAGCAAGUGCACAGCGCUGCUAUGCAGCUGCGGGAGCAGGCCAAGGUAGAGCCAGAGAAACUGAAAACACUAACUCACGACUUAGAGGCACUUGACCGAGCCGCCAAAAGAGGCCUGAAACCGGGGAAACUGAAUAAUCACUUGGAAGCUGCUAUCCACGAGGCCAUGAGCGAGCUGGAUAAGAUGUCGGGCACAAUCCCGUCGAGGGAUCGUCAGCUGAAGCUCCCCAAGCCUAAGAGGAGGAAGAUAUCCAGAUAACAUUGAAUGUGUCGGCCCAAGAACGUCCUCGGAGCCUUCGGAGACUUCGUCCGUUCAGCCUUGAUGCGAUCUGAGCUCUCUAACAGGUGCUACACAUGGACUUUUCAAGUGGUACAUCAUUGUUCCAUGAUAUCGACUUGACUUAAUGACUGACCUGAGAAGGUGCUGGAAAUUCCAAUCACCAAUACAGUUUUAACUGUAGGAGACAAAAAAAAAAAAAAAGUGGAAACAAUAGAGAAAAACGUCAGCAAUGGUUGCAAAUUUGUCUACAGCUCACUGAAUUAACUAUUUUUUUCUAGAAUAAGAUAGUAAAACAAACAAAAAAAGCUACAAGCAUUACCUUACAUAUUUAAGAAAAAUAGACAGUCCAAAUAUUUCUGAUACAUUUUCAAUAUGUAUAUAGAUAAUCCUGAAAUUUCAUGCUAUUAAGAAUUGUAUGUAAAUAUUGUACAAUGUCAUGUACAAGCAUACCUAAUGCACAUUUUAUCUUUUAUUGUACAAAAACAAAGCAGAAGUGUACCAAUGUCUUGGUUUCUAUUCAGAAGUGCGGCUGCAUACGGCCGCAUGCAUAGGAUAAAUAAGAAUACAGCCUAAAGCUUUUAUAUGAUGAACUGUAAGACGUGCUGUUUGUUUGGUUUGUAUUUUUUUGUUGUUUGUUUGUUUUUUUUUGUAAGGGAACAGGCAUGAGUAUGUGAGUUCUCCAUUACGAAAGUCACGCCAGUCAAGUGUUCAUUUGUAUUUGGAAAACAAAACGAUGAAAAAAACAGAAUGAACUUUACCAGCAGAAAGUGUUCAGUGUUCCCCCCCACGAAGCAGAGCAGAGCAGGGUGGGGAGCAACCACCCGCCCCGACCAACGUUGCCAGAUCCUCACCUGCUCCGCCAGUGGCAGGAGAAAUUGCGAGUAGGAAAGUCUGCGUGGCAGGUGAUCGGCAGGCAACGGGAAGUUGGUCACCUGCCAUUUGUAGAAGGAAAAAUCCACCCUCUGCCGCUGUCGUUGCUGUUCAGGGUCGUUUGCAGGAGUGAUUUUCGGUGAUUUUUUGGGGGUUUUGUUUCAGAGUAUGACUUUAAGAACACGUGAAGGAGCUGAAACGAUCAGUGGAUGGACAGAAAAGUCCAUCCGGGACAUUUAAUAUGUAAAACAAAAUGUGAAGAAUUGGAUCCCUGAGCAAUUGAUCAGUCGAGCCUUCAGCAGGUUAAUCGGUAAUGAAAGUGAUCACAGCUGGCAGCGUGGUUAGUGUCGACUGCGUGCACACGUGGCGGCUCAAUAAACACGAGUGCACGCAUGUAAACACGCGACGUUCAUUCAGCCCGGCGGCAGAAAGUCGAGGCUGGCGGCUGCAUUGAAUCCUGGUGUUUUUCUGGUCUUUUUCCUGCUCCUUUGUGUGUUGAAUCUGUUGUCAGCACCUCCUCUCUGAUGGAUUCCUCCUUUUUAUUAUUACUGAACUUCAGAACAAAUUGAUGCUUUUGAAAUGUUAACAUGUGGCAGGUUAUCAAACACAAAUGACCCUGAAUGCAACGUGAAACUUGCUGCGUUUUGGGUGGAUUUCUCCUUCAACUCCAGCCAAGAAUCCCAGGCUGCGUUUUUCAGUUCUGUCGUUCGGUUGUUGUGAUUUUGUUCUCGUGCUCGUUUGUACAGCCGUUCUUGUUUUUUUGUUUUUCCAUGACUGUAGUGUUUGUUUUUGAUUUUUGCCACAUCUAUAGCUUUAGGUAGAGUAGCCAACCUCAGAGCGUAGUUUGUCAUGAGGAACACUAACUCGGUUUUCAGGAGGAGUGGAAGCAUUUAGGGGCCUUGUGUUUAUUUGUUUUUGUUUUUUACUUAUCGGUGUAAAUUAUUUAUGUACAGUACUCCAUAUUUAUUUUAAGCUUUACAAAUAUGCUAGAUGGCAAUAAUACUACCAAGAGUUGAGAACUCAAGCCUUAUAUGUGUAUAUGUAUGUUUUUUUUUAGAUAGAUCAUGUAUUCAGACUCCAGUACGGAUGUCAUGUUCCCUUUUUAUUUAAGAAAUGAGCAUCACAGAUACCUGAUUUUGUUUUUGUUGUUGUUGUUGUUUUUUUACAGUGAGGCUUUCAGCUCCGCCUGUUUUUGUUACACUUUGUGUCAUAAAGGAAAACAAUGUCCUGUCUGCCUACGAGACCACACUAUUUAUGAAUAUGCACAUCUGAGAAGGCAGACGUGUUGCUAAUGAAUGCAGUUUGAACACUACUCGCUAUCAAGGGUUUGAAAGUCAUCACUCGCCGGUUCGUCUUUGAGCCGACGGUGAUGCACAGUGUUGGGAACAGAGGUGAAACACACACACACACACACACACACACACACACAUACAGCUGCUCCUCCAGAUCAAAGCAAACAGCCUGAAAUCACUACAGAGUUAUCAAGUGCAAUAUAACAAUGGAUGGCAAAGAUCAACAGCUUGGAAAACACUGCAUCUCUUGAUUGUUGUUGUUUUUGUGCACGACUUUGACGGCUUCGUCCGGAGUGUGUGUCGUCCUCUGCCUGUCCUCAUCCUGUCUCCUGACCUAACAGCAGUGAAGUAGUAAUUUAUUUGUAGCUUUACCUUCUCACGCGCACACAUACACACAACUGUUACAGCCGGGCUCAGAUUUUCACUUUCAUUUGUUAGCACACGCUAAACCUGCACAAGUGAAGUUCCACUAAGAUGCCACAAACUGAGUGAACGUUCCUGCAGUUGUAGCAAGGAAACACCCCGUAAUACACUUUUCACUUUGCACUCACUGAGACGUGACCGCACUACUAUUACAACAGGACUUCACUGUGUGUGUGUGUGUGUGUACCCUGCAUCCUGCAGAGAGGAGCCUCAAACUAUGAAUUACAGCCUAGAAAUUUCAUGUUCAAGUUCAUGUGUACAUCUGAAACUGAAGUUGUACUGUAUUUUCUAAUGGGAUCUCACUUAUUAUGAAACUUGUUUCUUUUGUACCUUUUUUUUCCCGUGUGUGUGUGUGUGCGCGGAAAAAUUCAAGGACAUUUUGAUUGGUAGCAAGUUUACAAAGUCAGUAUUUAAAGGUAAACAUGAGCAAGUAGUUUGAGGCGAGUUUCCAAAUGGUUUCAAGUGAAGUGGGUGAAAACGCAGGCAGAAACGUCUGCGUGAAAGAACUUGUUGAAAAUCUUUUCAAAAUGUCCUCCGUUUUUUCAGCCUGCACACUUUGCUCAGAGUUUUUACUGUAAUGUGUGGCGAGGAAAAUCCUCCGGCCGUUUUCACAAUGUGACGAGAACACCUGAGCUCUUUCGGUAAAGUUCAUUCUGCCUCCUCCCUGUCUUUUUUUGUGCAAUGACAUGCAGGAACCCGGUGUCAUGUUGGGAACCCAUGUGUUAUGGAUCUGUUCUAUCAGUUUCAUGUUAUUUGUGGUCAAAGUUCAAAGCAUUUUUGUGUUUGAGACGGUCUGUGCAGUCUGUUUUUCCCUCCUCUUGCCUGAUGUGUGUGUGUGUGUGUGUGUGUGCGCUUUUUUCUUUUCCAGUUUGUUUUCUGCUUUUACGAAUCUCAUUUCUCUCCUCCACCCUUUUUUUUUGUUGUCAGUAUUUUAUUUUUUUUAACUUGUAAUUAAGUAUAUAUUUUCUCACUAAUAUAUACUUUACAGAAAAUAGACAUGUGUGAAGUAUGAUGUGCACUUGAUUGCUCUUGUUUCUUUUUCUUUUUUGCAUUAAUGUGGGCUAGGGAUAGUUUGUCAGAGUCCAUUAUUUUGAGAUUGUUUGGACUUUUUUUUAAAUGGUUUGAUGUACGCAGCAUUUUUUUGUAAAUAUUGUGAAACAUUACAGGUCAUGCAGUGAUGUAACAUUUUGAACAAUGUUGCACAGAUGUUUAAGAUAUUAAAAAAACAUGGUCACUCUUACUUGAA